GCAAACAAAAAGUGUUGAAAACGGAAGUGCUCCAGACCACUAGGGGGAGUCAAAGAAAAUAGUAUUCAUUUCUAUGGGACCAGAUGCAAGAUUCAGAGAAAGAUAUUUGAAAGAAAGUAAAGGUGGCCAUGUUUUGCUGUUUCUGUGGACAAAAUCUAGGAACAAUUCAAGUUUUCUGUUUUUCAUGUGGGAAGAAUGUGCAGAUCUUGGCACAAGCUCAAGACACUGCUUGAGCGUUGCCAGCCAUAUGUAUGGCUCCUCAACAGCCAACCAACGCAUCGAAAGCUGGGGGUCAUAUUUCAGAAAACAAAGAUCUCAGUUCUGGAUGGAUCUCAUGAACGAUUUGAAGGAAAGACAUCUCUUCAAUGGAAGUCAUGAGCACACAUGCCUUGUGCGGUUUGUCUUCAUGGAUAUGCUACAGAGAGAUCUUGAUGAAUGCAAGAACAGGUGGCAUAAACAUACCAUAAGACCUGUUAAACAAUCUUGCUGUCCAUCUGGUAAACCAGAUGUGAUGUAUCAUCUACCUCACAGGUUUGGUGGAACAGACUGUGGUUUCCUAGUUUCCCAGGAGCCAUUCGGACAGUUUGUGACAGAGACUAACAACAUUCAAUGUGGAGAUGAACACCUUCAGGCACAUUUUGAGAACCUCCAGAGACAGUGUGGCCUAGCACAUCCACAGAGUUGGGAAUCAUGUGUCGAAAACUAUAUUAAACUGAAAAACAUGGUGGACUUAUAAACAAACAAGAAUCCAAAUUUGAAGGUCGCACACAAACAGUAAACAGUGUCAUAACUGAACAGGUUUGACAAGUU